AGCUACCAGGCCCUGCUGGUUUGCGGGCUUUAAUAUGCCCGCUCCCCUCCUGCCCCGUCCCGUCACUCCCUUGCAAAUGCUCUCUUCCUCAGGCAAAGAACAGCACCAAGGCGAUACUUCUUGUGGAACUCCACGCUAAUCAAUCAUCAGGUACGUAGUCUUGCGGACGACUCAUGCGAAUGGGCACCCACCAGGGCUCCACGGUGCGGAUGCUGCUGCUACUCGCUCUGCUGCUCCUAGCGGCGGCGGUGGCGGCGGCGGCGGCUUUCGCAGAGACAACAGAAUCUGGUGCAGAGGAGGAGGAAACCGGGAAGGCAGAGGAGGAGGACUCGUCCGAGUCUUGGACCAUCUGGGCCAAGGACAAGAUCUCUGAGGGAUUGGGUCUCAAACACCAGCAGAAGCAAGAGGAGGAGGAGGCAACUCAGAAGGCCCGAGAUGCUGUGGAGAGCGCCAAAAUAAAGGCCCAAGAGAUGGCUUCCGACAGGGCGUCGGACAUCAACGAGGCAGCCAAGCAGGCUGCCCAUGCAACGGGCGAAGCAGCUAAGAGGAGCAAGGAUAAAGUGCAAGAGCUUGCCUCCGAGAUGGGACGCCGUGCUGCAGAGAAGGCAGGCGAGGCAGGAGAAUGUCUGAUGGAGAAGACAGGGAAGUCCAAGGAUGCCGCCGUGGGUACCACUAAGGAGGCUGCGAGCGGGGCCACAAGGGAAGCGGCGGAGGCCCAGGAGCAGCUCCUCAAGGCCAAGGAGAAGGCCAAAGAGAAAGUUAAGGAGGCGUAUGAUGCCGCCAGAACCAAGGCCGGAGAAACUCUGGAUGCCGCCAAGAAGACCGUUGCCUCCGACUACGAGACCUCAAAGGAGAACAUCAUGGGAGGUUCUUCUACACGAGAAGAUGAGCUCUGAGCAUUUCUUCUUUUCGUACGUGUGAGAUGGGAGUGUGUGGCAUCCACAGUCUCCUUCUUCCUUGUAACAUACAAGCUGGAACUCAUGUGUACGGUUUCCUUAUUCGGUAAUGGAGUUCGCGAAUCCUGUCAAA